AUGUAACGUGCUACUGGUUUCAUACUGAACCUGGGGCUUGCUUAUCCUUCUAGCUUCUCUCCCUGACCAGGUGUAUCAGGAUGUGCCCACUGUGCUGCUCUCUAGUCCCACGCCCUGUGGCAUCAUCGCUCCACACAGCACAGUUCACAUACCUGUGACCCUGGAGACCCAAGUCCCUGGGGAAUACAGGUCCACAGUUUACAUCUCAAUCUUUGGGAGCCAGGAUCCCCCGAUGGUAUGUCACUUAAAGAGCAUCGGAGAAGGCCCAGUUAUCUAUGUACAUCCCAGUCAAGUUGAUUUUGGCAAUAUCUACGUCCUGAAGGACUCGCUCAGGGUUCUCAACUUGUCUAACCAGUCCUUCAUCCCCGCAUUAUUCAAGGCAUACAUGGCACACAAAAAGUCCCUUUGGACCAUUGAGCCCAGUGAAGGCAUGGUUCCCCCAGAAAGUGAUGUCAAACUGACACUGACCGCCAACCUGAACGACAUACUGACAUUCAAAGACACAGUUGUUUUGGACAUUGAAAAUAGCAACACCUACCGAAUUCCUGUCCAGGCUUCAGGAGUUGGCUCUACCAUUGUUUCAGAUAAGCCCUUUGCACCAGAACUCAAUUUGGGAGCACACUUUAGCCUGGACACCUAUUACUACCACUUCAAAUUGACCAACAAGGGACGUCGGGCCCAACAGUUACUCUGGAUGAAUGAAGAUUUCUGUCCCCAGGAAAAGUUGAACAAGAAGAAACUGGCCAAGAAGGAUCGUGCGAAGAGCCAGCCCCAGGUUCAGUGCUAUCAGGCACCCAGGGAGCCUCACAGCCCUGUAUUUCAGCUCCACCCCGUCAGGAUGGAGCUGUCCCCAGGCCAGACGAUCGAUGUGAUACUCGAAGGCUAUUCUACCACUCCCAGGGUAGUCAAAGAAAAGCUGGUGUGCCACACCAUCAUUGGGAUGCAAAAGGGGAAGAGCCUGGUGAUGACUGUGAACAUCAUCUGUGAGUUUGUAGCACCAUUCAUCCAGCUCUCCACCAAGCAGCUCAUAUACCGACUGGAGAAGGGUGGGCAGUAA